CCCCGCGCCCGCCUUCUCUUGUCACCUCCCGUCUCAGCAUCCUUGCUCCAUCCCCGCCGCAUCCAGCGCCAUCCCAGUGCCUCAGACAGCGAGAGGCGGUGCGUGGGGCUGCAGGGCGCGCCCUCAAGCGGACCCGGGCUCGGCAUUGAGGGGCACGGGCAGCAGUAUGGACACCAAGCGCUGCUUCGCCAACCGCUUCGAUGACUACCAGGGCAGCCUGCUGGCGGGCCAGUGUGAGGAGGCGGUGGCGCCUUUGGUCACCGCCACCAUCGAGCGCAUCCUCCAGGAGCUGCCCCCGCUCGGGGGCGGCGCUGAGGCACGGGGGGCGGCGGCCGCGACCAGCAGCUGCCAGGGUGGGCUGUACGGCGGCGUGGCCGGGGUGGCCUACAUGCUCUAUCACGUCUCGCAGAGCCCGCUCUUUGCCGGGGCCCGGGAGCGCUACCUGCGCUCGGCCAAGCGCCUCAUAGACGCGUGCGCCCGCGCCGAGGAGUGGGGCGAGCCGGACGCCGAUACCCGCGCUGCCUUCCUGCUCGGGGGCGCGGGCGUGUACGCCGUGGCCACACUCGUGUACCACGCCCUGGGCCGGUCCGACUACGUGCAGCCGCUGGGCAAGUUCCGGGCUCUGUGCGCCGUCUGCGCGCCAGUCUCUUUCUUGGAGUGCGGCUCCGAUGAGCUGUUCGUGGGCCGCGCGGGCUACCUUUGCGCCGCGCUGGUGCUCAAGCAGAAACUCGCCCAGGAGGUGCUGACCCCAGCACAGAUCAAAUCAAUUUGCCAGGCGAUUCUGGACUCUGGGAAGCAGUAUGCCCUGAAAAAGAGGAAACCAUUUCCCCUGAUGUAUUCUUACUAUGGAACUGAAUACUUGGGAGCAGCUCAUGGUCUGUCGUCCAUUCUCCAGAUGCUUCUUUCUUACCAUGAGCACCUCAAGCCCUCAGAUCAGGAGCUGGUAUGGCAGAGUGUGGACUUCCUCAUGGAGCAGGAACAGAACUGCAACUGGCCACCUGAGCUUGGCGAGGCCAUCGAGAGAGAGAACGAGCUGGUGCACUGGUGCCAUGGCGCCCCAGGAAUUGCCUAUCUAUUUGCCAAAGCUUAUCUGGUUUCCAAGAAGCCACAGUACCUGGACACAUGUAUCCGGUGUGGGGAACUCACAUGGCAGAAGGGCCUGCUAAAGAAGGGGCCAGGGAUUUGCCAUGGUGUAGCUGGCAGUGCCUAUGUCUUCCUGCUGCUGUACCGGCUCACUGGAAACUCUAAAUACAUCUACCGAGCCCAAAGGUUUGCUGAAUUUUUAUUUACUGAGGAAUUCAAGGCUGGUUCUCGAGUCCUUGAAAGUAUAUACAGCUUGUAUGAAGGCUUCUCCGGGACGGUGUGCUUUCUGAUCGAUCUGCUGCAACCCAGUCAGGCAGAGUUCCCUCUCUUCAGUGUCUUUGUUUAGAAGGCUUCAUCUCCCACUGUGGCCCUGGAGAAGGUCCCUGAGAUUUCCUGAGCCUACCCGAGGCAGUUUCCACAUAAGCCACAUUCAAUGGUAUCACUACCAUGAGCCUUAACAUUGCCUCCAGAAGGAAGGAAGGAAGGAAGGGAGCAGGCAGGUGAAGGUAACAUGAUACCAGACUUAAGGGAGAACAGUCUGAGAAUCUCAAAAUAAAGACACGACAACCCUUCUAAAAACCGUAGAUAUUUAAUAUUUCAUGGAAUAAAUGUGAAACCAGAGAUGAGAGGAAAAAGGGAAAGAGAAAUGAUGUUUUUCAGUUAUGGCAUAGAAAACAAAACUGAAAUGUGGACUAUGGCAAUAAAAGGCCAAUACCUUUGCAAUUGGAAAGAGAAUUUGACCAUUUGUGGGUACCCUCUACCCCUAAAUUCAGAAAUAAAAAAAAUCAAAAACUAAAGUAAUUGCCCAGCUGAAAACUGCUAGGAAGGAUGAAGUGUCAGGUUGCUAAAGGACUAAAAGGAAACUCUUGGUUGUCCUAUGCCUUUACUUAUUGAAAUUCAUGAUUUUUACUAAAUGGAGAAACUUGCAUAUGAAUCUCUGUUUUUUAUCAUUACCCUGGGCACUUUAAAGAAAUCAUAUCAUAACUUAGUUUAAACCUUGAAAUUUGAAGUUUCCUUGGGCCUUAGAGCAUCUCCUUUUAUUGAUUCCUUUUUCUUUCCUAAAACUCAAUUAGAAUAGUAAAAUUUAUAGGCGAGGAAAUACUGUAGCAAAUGUUGCUGUCAAGUGUUUUUCUCAAUUUGAAGCGUGAGCUGUGUAUAGUCUAUUGUUAGUAAUUUUUAAAAUGCCUGUGUAAUCCCUAUGAAGCUAUUAGCUGAACUGUAAAAUAUACUCAUGGUAAAAUA